UCCUCUCCAAUUGCAAUAUUUCCAGCUUUGGUCGUGAUGCGUCUUGUUCUGAUGCACCAUGACAGCCUGCUAACCAGUGAUCUGAGCAGUGAUCAGCGAUAAAGUUUUCUGCAUCACUGCCCGCCUCAACCCUGACAACAACAACCUUAUGAGCACACCAAUUCACCAGGAUCUGUAAUUGCAAUUUUGAAUGCUGUCUCUUUCCAUUUGAUCUGCCAUCAGACUUGUUUAUAUCGUAUAUAUACCACCAGGAGCAGGAGGGACGUCUCCUGGGAGCUGGAUUCUGUUGCUGGCACUGUCAACAAGCCCCGUUUCACCCCUGCAUCAUGGAAGCUCAGACUGGUGCAUCAUGGGAACCAAUCAGCGGCAUGCCAGACACAAUAUAUUGAAGAGUCAUCAUGGAGACCAGCACCUAUGCUUCUGGCCCAGCCACCGCUGACUGGGUUGGGACACUGGCUGGCCUGGAGGGCAUGGAGGACCGUCAGGAGCAUGGAGAAGGAACCCCGUCCAUCAGCCCAAUGUUCUGGCACAUGCCAUACUCUCUGGGCUUCCAGGUGUCGCUCACUGCCUUCCUCAUGCUGGAGCUGGUGCUGGGUUUCAGCAGCAACCUGACCGUGUUGGUGCUCUACUGCUCUCAGUCCAACCUGGUGGACUCGGUGAGCAACAUGGUGACAGUCAACCUGCACGUGCUGGAUGUGGCGGUUUGCAUCCUUUGUGUGCCCCUGACUCUGGCGGUCGUGCUCCUGCCUCCAGGGCAAAACCUGGCCUUGAUCUGCUGCUUUCACGAGGCAUGUGUUACGUUCGCCAGCAUCGCCACAGCCAUCAACAUCCUGGUGAUCAGCUUGGAUCGAUAUGACAUCUCGGUACGACCGGCUAACCGGCUGCUAACGACACGCAGGGCGGCUCUGCUCCUGGCUGCUGUCUGGGUCACCUCGGUUGCAGUGUUCUUCAUGCCCUUCCUUGAGGUGCAGUGGUCCGAUGCGGAAGGAAAAGAGGAAACGCAACAGGUGACACCCCUGUCUUUGUCUUCACAGGACGUUAGCAGCACAGCGGUGCCCGCAUGGCAUAACAGGACGGUCCUGUGUGUGGGUGGUCAGGGCUACCACAUGAGCACGCCUAUGUAUUACCAUCUGAUCCUGCAGGUGCCCAUCUUCUUCACCACAGUGGCAGUCAUGCUGUUCACCUACUCCAGAAUACUGAGGGCGUUAAACAUCCGCAUCGGCUCUCACAUGAGGAAAAGCCAGAGGUUUAGGAGGCGCCGCAAGAGACAAAGAAAGAGGACGACAGGACUUGCGGUGAAUGAAUGGGAGGAGGCGGGAGGAGAACAGUGCACCGGCGAUGGAACCAAACAACUCAACCAUCCUCCACUCAUUUCAUCCCCCUCCCCCACCCCGACGGCUACCUCCCCCCCUGCCCUGUCCUCUGCCGCUCCACUGGUCACCUCUGACUCGGCUGCAGCCACUCACCUGCCAGCCCCCAUGGGCGUCCAGGCGUCUGUGUCGGCGAUCAUCGCUUUGCGCCGGGCAGUGCGGCGCCAUCGAGAUCGGCGGGAACGCCAGAGGCGGGUGUUCAGGAUGUCCCUCAUCAUCAUCACCACCUUUCUUGGCUGCUGGGCUCCCCUGUCUGUGACCAACAUGCUGAUCCUGGGCAUCGGACCCAGCGAUGUCCUGGUCAGCCUGCGCCUCUGGUUCCUGGCCCUGGCUUAUGGCACCACCGUGUCGCACCCGCUGCUGUACGCUUUCACCCGACAGAAACUGCGCCGCGCACUUCGCGCUAAAGUCAAGAAGAGGGUGGUGUCCCUGCUCCAGGUAGACCCCUCCCCAGGGGGCACAGUGAUACACAACUCCUGGGUGGAGAACAGAAAAAGCAGCCGACAGCUGCGUCUGGAAGCGAACGAAGGUGCUGACCGCCGCCUGGCAGAGGCCCUGUGAGAUGAAAAACACGUGACUACAGCUAGCACCUUUAACUGAAACACAAAAGAGUCGGCGGUGUUCCAAUUGGAAACUCACUGAUGCAAAAAAUAAAACAGAGCAAGAAGAGUGAAGAGGAACUUUUUUUCUUCUUACCUCUGGGAGAUGUUUUAACACAAACACCAGCAGCGAGUCCCCGCCGAACACAGCUCUCCUCACCUCAGGCAAUAUUUACAGCAGGAUGCUGCCGUCACUGUGGCUCCCAUCGCUUCCACAGCUGAGGAGAACCAUUCAACAAACAAAUGAAGGCAUAGACUCUGCUCUCUGUCAAAGACUGGGGUUUACAUAACUGUUCUUAAGAGGGUGUUUAUCCAAACCAGAAGAAGGUAUGAUCUGCCUCCUGCUCAGAAGAGCCAAGGCAGGUUUUUAAAGCAAUGUUCGCUCUCGUAAAUCACAGAAAGCUUCUUUGAAAGGGUUUAUUAUGAACCCUGCUUUUAUUUUGUUAUGAAAAGGUGAGUUAACUGUAUGCUUUUAUUAUGAAAGAGAAUGAAUUAGAUAUUUGUAAAGAAGGAACAUGUGUGUGCGCAGGGGUGGGGGCGGGGUCUGAGGAUCUGGAUUAAGGCAGUUCGAUGGUUUUAGGUUGUGUUUUUAGAAAGUUACUUAUCCCAAUGUUUACAUAAGAUUUUGCAACACUCCUUGUUAAAUUCUUCAUCAUAGUUGGAUAGAAAAUGAUGCAACAUCUUGUCUGAUGUUGGACAGUUGGAUCCCCCGCCCUCCUUGUCGCACAUCCACCUACAGCCACUGACUAGAGCUUGAAUGUAAAACAUGCAAAACACGAGUUCUCAAGAAUAAAAGGUCAAAAUUGAACAGAUUGAAUGUUGACAGAAAUGUGACGUCAUCAGGCUGACGACAAGAUGUAAACUGACUUUAAAAACAAAAUAACACAACAGUAUCUUAUGUGAGGUCUUCAAAAUGAAUAAAUCAUGGAGCUCAAUUAUAAUAUCUCUAACAAAACCUUAUAUUUGUAUUUAAGGUUUUCAUCGUGCUUGUUUUGGGUUUUUAGCACGCAGAAAAAAACCCUGAUGGUUUUAUUUUGAGAGAACUUGUGUGAAUAAUGUAUUUAAUCCUCAGAUUGAACUUUAUUUUAUGUAAUUCUACAACUGAAUGUGAUUUAGAUUGACCUUUUAUCUUCUUUUUUUAAAUUAGAGGAGUAUUUUUGUCACAGUUGCCUCGUUUCUGUUUAACAUGAUCUGAUGGGUCAGCUCACUGAUGGAGGGGGGAACGAGAGAUGAACCAUUUCUACAGCAGAACAACAACAGAUCAAUGAUUUGAUCACAAUGCAUUUCUGAAUGUAAAAACAAUGUAAAUAAUGUGGAAAAUGUAAAUAUAUAUUGUACACCAAGAAUGUGCUAUCUUUACUGACCAUGGUGGUGUUUUUACGUGAAUGUACAACAAACAGAGAAUUCCACCAAUAAAUAUAAA